AUGCCUAAUUUUCCCUCUCUUGCUGGAGGAUCAAUUUUGGACAAGUUUCGGCCUCAGGAUGUGGAGGAACUCACGGCCACCGUCAAUUCCGCUCGAGCACAGCAUAUGCCACCGACUUUACUUCAGUUCUUUGCCGAGAAACAGAGUUGUCAACAACGCUGUCAAGAGAACAUACGAAAACAGGCCGCACUAGAAACGGAAAUGCUUCUUCUUGGUGGAAUAUAUUACAAAAAUACAACGGUGGAGGGCGUGGAGGAUAAGAGGACCGCAUCUAGAAGUGCAUUUAUCGCAGCGAGGUUUGAACGCUUGGAGCAACAGUGCGACCCACUAUGCGGAAAACGCUUUUUAUGGAUGCUUGAUGAUCCUUCAAACCAUGCGGGAGCUGUGAAAGAGUAGUGACGAGACCCGAGGCAUGCUACUAGCUGUAGCUACGUAGAUAGUUUUUGUUUAUUUGAUCUACAUGCAGCUAGUACUUAUUUUUCUACUCGAUUUUCUACAUGUUGAUACGGCUCCUUCCAUUAAUAACUCGAGGAUUGCGACGGAGAAGGAUUCUCGAAACUCGAACACAAAGAUAUUUGUCUUGAGAAUAUUAUUAUAACAAGUAUUUUUAUUUGAGAAAGAAAUGAAACGCGUCCUGUCAGGGCAGAAGGAGGAGAGGCAACGCCAAUGUUAUCAUCUUCAGC